CCCCAUUUACCGCUGAGCUGGGUUUUGCUUCUUUUUUUACACAUUUUCACCAUUCUGAGUUUUCACCAGGACUUAUCCAUAGCCGAGAAUCAGGGCAUGGUAAAAGAAAAAAAGAUAAGAAGAGGGAGAAAGUAAAUCUGCCAGUAUUUGAGAUCAUCUCAUAAUCGCAAAUGGUAACUGCAUAAACUACCCUCCUUUACCUAACAACACAGUAAAAAAAAAAAAGUAUAUAUAAUCUUAUAGAGAUCAGCACAAGCCUCUUGGCACAUUGUAACUUUGCUGGGAGUGGGAGGAAGGGAAUGUCAAAGAGGAAAAGGCUUGUGGUAAAAAAAUUCUUUUACUUGAUCGUUGGCAGAAGGUCUCUCACUGCUAUUUUGUAGCUGUAGCAUAAAGGAAAGUUACCACUCCCUCCACGGUAUCCUUUGUGCAUAUUGCUACCUCUCCGUUAACCCCUGCCCACCCGCGAAGAAGAAGAAGAAGAAGAAGAAUCGUGUAAUUAUGGACACUCAGGCUCAGGCAGAACCCAAACCCGAAGAGGUCCCCAGCAAUGAAACGGAGGAGGAAAGGAAGAAGAAGAUCGACGAUUGGCUGCCCAUCACCGGCUCCAGGAACGCCAAGUGGUGGUAUGCUGCAUUCCACAAUGUCACCGCCAUGGUUGGAGCAGGAGUUCUCAGUCUGCCGUAUGCCAUGUCUCACCUUGGAUGGGGACCUGGAACAGUGAUACUGGUGCUGUCAUGGGUGAUCACUCUGUACACACUGUGGCAGAUGGUGGAGAUGCACGAGAUGAUUCCCGGAAAGCGACUCGAUCGAUACCACGAGCUCGGCCAGGCAGCCUUCGGCGAGAAGCUAGGUCUGUACAUCGUCGUCCCACAGCAGCUCAUAUGCGAAGUAGGUGUAGACAUAGUGUACAUGGUGACAGGAGGAAAGUCGCUGCAGAAAAUUUACAACCUGGCCUGCGGGGAUUGCAAGAACAUCAAGCUGACAUACUUCAUCAUGAUCUUUGCCUCCCCCCAUUUUAUCCUUGCUCACUGCCCCAACUUCAAUUCCAUCUCUGUAGUCUCACUUGCCGCGGCAGUGAUGUCGUUGAGCUACUCCACCAUUGCCUGGGGAGCUGCUGCUGACAAGGGUCGUCAACCAGGAGUAUCGUAUGCCUCAGUAGCCUCAACUCCCACUGGAGGUGUCUUUAACUUCUUGGGUGCUCUUGGAGAGGUAGCUUUCGCCUAUGCUGGCCAUAAUGUUGUGCUCGAGAUCCAAGCAACGAUCCCUUCCUCGCCCGAGAGGCCAUCGAAAGUGCCCAUGUGGAGAGGAGUCGUUGUAGCUUACAUCGUCGUCGCGCUCUGCUACUUCCCUGUUGCUCUAGUAGGGUACUACAUAUUCGGCAACAAAGUGGAGGACAACAUCAUGCUCUCCCUUGAGAAACCUGUUUGGCUCGUCAUCGUCGCCAAUGCUUUCGUUGUCAUCCAUGUCAUUGGCAGCUACCAGUUGUUUGCAAUGCCUGUCUUCGACAUGAUGGAGAGUACCCUGGUGAAGAAGCUGAACUUCAAGCCAUCCUUCAAGCUUCGAUUUAUUACUCGUACUGUCUAUGUUGGUAAGUUAGUGAACAUCUUUCACAGUCUCAAAUCAGGGGCAUUGAUAUUCGAUUCUGGGGUUUCUGAUGGUGAACUUACUUGCUUCACUUUUUUUCAGCACUCACAAUGUUUAUCGGCAUCACCUUCCCUUUCUUUGGUGCGUUGCUUAGUUUCUUCGGAGGAUUCGCUUUUGCACCAACGACAUACUUCCUCCCCUGCAUCAUUUGGCUUGCCAUCGUCAAGCCAAAGAAGUUCAGCCUUUCAUGGUUCAUCAACUGGAUUUGCAUCAUACUUGGAGUAAUGCUGAUGAUUCUGGGGCCGAUUGGAGGAUUAAGAAACAUCAUCGUGCAUGCCAAAGAUUUCAAAUUCUACAAUUAGUGUGAGAAACAACAGUUGCAGUAGAGAGUGAAGGAAAUGAAACUGACAAUGAUGAAAAAAGAAGCCGAAGGAAGGGCAUUUCAAACUGUUGUUCUCAGAGGCGUGUUAUUCUAUUUUAGGAUGUUAAUCAGAUUUAAGACUUUAUUUUGUGCCAGAGUAGGAGUUUGGAAUACAGUACCAGUUUGUUUGCCACCACUGUUGAUAGCUUGGUAUUCUUCUGCGCUUCUAUUUUCUAUUGUGAACAGUUUCUUCUUAUGCAUUAAGAAAGUAAUGUAGUUGGGAUUCCAUUUCUUCAUCUGUCGAUUAGUCAUCCACUCAUCCUCCAGUGACGAAUGCACAUACUCAAGCUCCAAAAGA